AUGCUAAACGCCCAAGAAAGAAGAAUUAUAAACAGUUGUCAAACUUGUCGUACACCAAUCUAUGAAGGCCAACCAAUUUACACUAGUUCCAAAAGUCAAAGUUCUGGUCACACCAAAGGGGUUUAUGGAGGAAAGAGUUUUGGUGAUUAUCAAGCCGGAGGUUAUGGAGGAACUUACGGUAGCACUCAUGCCUCCGAAAGUGGAAUCUUAUUAGUGAUUAUUGUAACGAUUACUAGUGCCUUUGUUUUUCCAGGUUUAGAAGAAAGUGGAAUUCUGGUGGGUAGUUUGGCUUUAGUAAGCAUUUUAGGAAAUCUGUUCCAACCGGCAGUUGACCAAGGAAAAAAAGCCAAAAAAAGCCAAGAAGAUUUAAUGAUGGAAGAAAGAGCUAAAAAAAUAUAUGAUAAAAUUAAUAAUACUGCUUUGUUCUUUACCCUUAAAAAAAAUGAGGAAGGUAAACCAUUCGGUUCGAUUGGGUUUAAAGAAAUUUCGGCUGAAUUGGAAAAAUUAGAUGUUCCCUGUCAAAAGGGUCAACUAUCGGAGUCUAAUCCACUUAAUAAACUAGAAGACAAGAAUCUUAAUCCUUACUACUUAAUUGUCAAUGGUGAUAAUCGAGAUGAGGCUUAUUUUUGUUUUGAAAGUUUG